AUGGAACUCGCCGCUGAGACGCCGGUGACGCUAAAUACCGACUUGGCGCAGUUGGCUUCCGCGAAGCACAUGAAACUUCUCUGGAGUCAGUCCCGGCUACGCUGGCUGCGCCGAUCCCGCCAUACAACCUCUCAAGAGGGCCGUCUCCCUCGCAUAGCUCAGACUUCCAUAUGGGAUUCAAUCAUCCCGAGAGCAUUUCGAGACAGAUCCCGACAGCGCCAGCAGCCUCUGCAAAAGAAACCCACAAAUCCGGCGACAUAUUUCAUUUGGAUCUACAUUCUGAUCGGCUCCCAGGCCAUUCGAAUUAUGGGUGUCAAGAACGAAUUCGUGGCCUUUUCUCGCAGAGCGGACAUCAAGAUAGAAAAGCUGAGAGAGGUGGUUACAAGGCUGCAGAAUGGCGAAGAAGUGGAUGUCGAGAAGAUCUUAGGCACCGGAGAUGAAAAGCAAGAGCGUGAAUGGGAAGAAGUGCUGGAAGAACUUCAAAGGGAGGACAGAGUCUGGCAAAGCAACAAGAAGAAAAGUCGCGAAGUACAUGAGCGCCUGGCCAAGGAAGAACAAGACGCCAAUCCCGUCAACGACGCUCAGGAUAAAGCUUUGGCUGUUGAUCCGUUACCUCCAACCUCUGGCAUUGCCGUUCCACCACGUCCUGGGUUCUACUGA